CGUUAUUUAAUGUAUUUUUAUCCGUAGGUAAAAUUAUAAUGUAUACACGUGGUUUUGUAUUCUUCAUUAAUUUUCUGAUUUGAGUUUUAUUAUCAAAAUUGAAUAUUAAAUAUAUAAUUUAUAGUGUAAAAUUUUGGUAAAACGAUAGUUUAAAAGAAACAUAUAAUAAUGGGUUUAUACAAUUUCAAAAAAAUCGCGAUUGUACCUACUGCAAAGGAUUUUAUUGAUAUAAUUUUAUCAAAAACUCAACGGAAAACUCCAACCGUUAUACAUAAACAUUAUAAAAUUGCAAGGAUACGAUCAUUUUACAUGCGUAAAGUGAAAUUUACGCAACAAAAUUUUCAUGACAGAUUAUCUCAAAUCAUACAGGAAUUUCCCAAAUUAGAUGAUGUUCAUCCAUUUUAUGCUGAUUUAAUGAAUGUUCUUUAUGAUAAAGAUCAUUACAAAUUGGCUCUUGGUCAAAUAAAUAUUGCAAGACAUUUAAUCGAUAAUGUAGCAAAGGAUUAUGUUCGACUGAUGAAAUAUGGAGAUUCUUUAUAUCGGUGCAAACAAUUGAAGAAAGCUGCCUUAGGUCGUAUGGCCACAAUAAUGAAAAGACAAGCAGCAAAUCUAGCAUAUUUAGAACAAGUGCGUCAACAUUUAGCUCGUUUACCUAGCAUAGAUCCUUAUACUCGUACUAUAAUAAUAUGCGGUUUCCCAAAUGUUGGUAAAAGCAGUUUUAUCAAUAAGAUAACCCGUGCUGAUGUUGAAGUUCAACCAUAUGCAUUUACAACAAAAUCCUUAUAUGUUGGUCAUACGGAUUACAAAUAUUUAAGAUGGCAAGUAAUCGAUACACCUGGGAUUCUGGAUCAUCCGCUCGAAGAACGAAAUGUUAUAGAAAUGCAAGCGAUAACUGCACUCGCACAUUUGCGAGCAGCUGUACUUUAUUUUUGCGAUAUAUCGGAACAGUGUGGUCAUAGUUUAGAAGAACAGGUGAAAUUAUUUGAAUCGAUUAAACCUUUGUUUGCUAACAAGCCUUUGACAGUUAUAUUAAACAAAGUAGACGUUUUACGUUUGGAAGAACUUUCAACCGAGAAACGAGUAAUUUUAAAAUCGUUGGAGGAUAAAGAUGUUCCAUUGUUGGAAAUGAGUACAAUCACAGAUUUUGGAGUAAUGGACGUAAAGAUACAAGCUUGUGAACGUUUGUUAGCAUAUCGUGUCGAUCAGAAAAUAAGAACAAAGAAAGUAGAGGGAUUACUUAAUCGUUUACAUGUUGCGCAACCGGUACCAAGAGAUGAAAAAGUUCGUGCCCCUUGCAUUCCCGAAAACAUUUUGAAAAAGAGACAAAAUAUAGAAGAGAGAUCAAAAGCAAAACGAAAACUAGAACGAGAAAUAGAGGAAGAAAUGGGAGAUGAUUAUGUACUUGAUUUGAAGAAAAAUUACGAUAUCGAGGGUGAUCAAAAAUACGAUGUGAUUCCAGAAAUUUGGGAAGGACAUAAUAUCACUGAUUAUAUCGAUCCAGAAAUAUUCAAUAAAUUAAACGAAUUGGAAAAAGAGGAACAACUUCGCGAAGAGACAGGAAUGUAUGAUUAUAAAGUGCCAAUGUUAUCCGAUACGAUGUUAGAAAUUGUACAAAUGGCCAAACAAAUUCGAGAAAAGAAAGCCAUCAUGAAAGAUGAAGCCCGAAUACAGAAGGCUUCUACAAAACCCAUAAUGCCGCGUACAGCUGCGGCUAAAAUUCGCGACAGAUCAGUAUCAAAAUUGAAAGAAGAAAUGGAAGAUUUGGGUAUCGAUAUGGAAGACAGUGAAAAUGCACACUUUACCAAGACGAGAGGACGUUCAAGAUCAUUGUCGCAACCAGCUAGGAAACGCAUAAGAUUGCAAUCUGAGUCUCGAUCUAGGGGACGAAGUAGUUCAAAACCAAGCCGCGAUGAAAUGGGUAUUAAAGAUGUUGCGAUGAAGAGCAAAUUAAAGAACAUUGCGCAUAAAGCUUUAAGAAAAAAGAUUGUAAAGAAGGGGUUGAAGGGAGAAGCAGACCGAUUCAUCGGCACGAAAAUGCCAAAACAUUUAUUCUCGGGAAAACGAGGCAUUGGCAAAACGGACAGGAGAUAAUGAUAUUACGAAAUUACUUUUUAUUUUCGAAAAUUUUUUUCGAGUUUUCAUCGAGUCGAUUCGUUUGUCGCACGAAUAUCGAUAUCAUCAUUAUAAUACAGUGACCAUAAAUAACUUGGUUUUAAAUAAGAUCAAAGAUAACGCAACAAUAUGAAUGAAUUGUCUCGGAUUGCAUAAUCCUAUGUCGGUAGAAUGAGCUUUGGCCUCGUAGGGUAAGCAAUGAAAGUUUAUUGCUGUCGCACAGUGAUAACCCUGUAUACAUGUUACGGUAUUGAAAAGUUUGCCUUAUUCGUAGAUUCGUAUUUCUUCCUGUGUAACCUAUAUCAAACAUAUGUCGCGUUGGAUAACGUCUAUUGUCGCUUUGUAUCGUCAUUGCGUCAACAAGCACUCGGAUGAUAUUUACGAGGUUUAUUAGACAAAAGAAAAAGAAAGUUGGGAAUCGAAUAAAGAAUAUUAUUUUAUCGAAUCGAAUAAUAGUCAUAAAUUAUUGUAUAAAUAAGGAAUAAAAUUUUAUUUUACAUCAUCGAUAGUAGUCAAUUAAAGAAUAUAUAACGCGAGGUCACAAUGUCCAUUAUGGUGCGCGAUCGAAAUUGACUUGGCGAACAACGUACAUUCGCAUAUUCACGA